AUGUUCAACCUAUUGAGACCAUCCUCGACGUCUAGAAAAUUUGCUUCUCAACUGCAUUUUCCCCCUUCCCUGCUCUUCCGUAGACAGCUCCCAACUCAGGAGUCUCACCUCCGACCUGCCGACGUCAACAUGUACACAGCUCUCUCCUGCCACCCUCGUGCCCGGCUCCCUCCCCUUCCUCUGAUUAGGUCGUUUCGACUCCCACCAGUGAUUUGGGCUGUUCCACUCUCCAGGGCCGGGUACAGAAUGUAA